AUGUCUGAAAAGGAGGAUUGUGAUAAGGAGAGUUGCUCUGCUGUUGAAUUGCUGGAUUUCAAGAAUGCCUUGAAGGAGUUCCAGAAACUAGUUGAAAAAUUGGUAGCCCAGAAGACAAAGGAGAGAUUAGACUUGUCUAUUAAAGAUGAUGGUGAGAUAGACUAUGAUAAAUUCUAUACAAUCACACAGACACUUUUUGGUCCAGAAGUCAAGGAUCAUAAUGUUAAGGCCUUUUUCAGGAAAAUUAGCAACAACCUUGAUGCAAGGACAGAAUGGUGUGAGAUUUUUGGCUAUUUCAUAGGAGAAAGUGAUGCCACGUCUUCCCAGCUGAAAGAAGAAAACAUGGUUUUCCUUGUGUCCGAAAAACAGCAGAUUACUCAUGCAGUUGUCAAGAGACAAGAUGUGAUUACGGAUAUAGUGAAGGUGCCCCAUCUGGAUUUCACAGUAACAUCGUCUCAGAAAGGAGUGCUAACUAUUUUUAACAACCAGAUGAGGGUUCUGGCAACCACCAGUGUUGAAGAUACUGCUUGGAUCACUGGAUGUGAUUUCCUACCUCAGCUGAAAUGUGUCGUGGCUGUAACUGAAAGGGCAGUCAUCGUCUGGGACUAUAAAUCAAAAGGGAGUCAGCAUAAUUGCUUUACCAUCAAGCCAAUGGAAAAUGGUCUGCUCUGUGUUUGCACGGUGACUAUGUCAAAUCACUUGGCUAAGGAUAAUAUCCUAAUGGGAGAUGAUAAGGGUUUCGUUCACCUGCUUACUGUGACCAGUGAUCACUUUAGAUUGAAACAAUGUAAAGGCAAAAAAGAAUCACCACUUCAGGUUUUGGACUCCAAAACUUUUAACAUUGUUAAACGCAAGCUACAUGAUGACUGGGUUGUGAAAGUUAAGUAUAUUUCUGACCUAAAUUGCUUUGGAUCCUGCUCCUCAGACAGCAUUCAUUCAUUUGUUUUGGAUGACAUAAAGCGACUAGAGGACAACUUACCUGUAAAGGAAUUUUCCGUCCCUAGAGGAGUCAAUGCCUUCACAUACUGUGGAAAAGCAAAAGUCAUUGUCACUGGGGGUCAUGACAAACUCCUUCGUUUGUGGCAUCCUGCUAUUAACAGUAGGCCUACAGGGAAGUUAUCAGGACACCGACAUAGUGUUGUGGAAAUUGUGACAAAUGAAAAAGAUCAACAUGUCAUCAGCCUGUCCUCUGCAAAGAUUUUUAGAGUGUGGGAUAUACAGACCCUUUCACUGCUGCAGGUCUUCCAUGAUAAUCAAGGGAGUCCUGGGGAGAUGGAGACCUUUGCCAUGGUAUUUGACAAUGAUCGUGGCAUGCUUAUCACUGGUUCAGCUGUCAUUGAUAUUUAUCCCCUGACUCAUAUGAUACAAGAUACAAGACAGGUGCCACAGACACAUGAGAAAAGCAUCAAUGUUCUGGUUUACAACAGGGCUUUUCACCAGAUUCUCACUAUCUGCUCUAAGUCAAUACUGAAGGUCUGGGACCUAGAAACAGGAUAUCAAAUAUAUCAGAUUGAAGAUGCGCACGGUCUGAAUACUGAAGUGACCUGUGCAGCCAUUGAAAUAAAGGGUUUCUAUCUUGCCACUGGGGCAUGUGAUGGAACAGUGAAAAUUUGGGAGUUUGAAAGCGGGCAGGAAGUUAAAGCCUUGCCUUUGGGCCAGCACAGCAAAGAUAAGUGUCGUCUGCUGAAGAUAGUUUAUCUGAAGGCUAAUGAGAGCCAACAUGCACUUCUUGUUUUGGAGCAGAGUGGGAAGAUGAAACUAAUUCAGGGUAACUCAGUUGAAAUGCAUCUAUAUGUCACAUGGGUGCUUCCGGAGGCCGUGUCAUUUCCACCAGGGAAUCCAGUUGUGUCUCUGUCACUCAAGCCUGACACCUUACAAACACGUGACUUUUUUCCGGAUAUUCAGCUGCUGUCUGACACCAGUUUUCUGAGGAACGAUACAGAGAAUUUUGUACAUUCUGUGGAAAUGAAGUGUUUUGAUGUUUUAAAAGUAGAAGGAUGCAGUUUGAUAGCUACAGGAAGUGCAAACGGUGCAAUAAUUCUGUGGGAUUUUGAAUCUGCCUCUGUGAGACGCCUGUGUAAAAUUAAUGAAGACAACCAGGCUUCAGUUCUUCAAGCAUCUGGGGUCAAUGCCAUGUUAUUCCUUGUACAUAGUGCUUUUUAUGCCAGGAAAAUUAGUUCCCUGCCCUCUACUACUGCUACUGUGAGGGGUGAUAUCAGCACCAUUCUAGAGAACAAGAGAAGUUCUUUGAACCUACAUAAGGAAAAUGUAAAAAGUGAUGAAAUUAAUACUCAGAUAACAGCAGAAGGCACAACUCGGUAUAAGAAUAUCCAGCACUUGAAGAUGAAUGUACAGUUAUCCAAAACUGUAGCAGGACACUCACCAAUACUGGCUUCUGCUCAUGAAAAUGGCUGUAUCUGCCUAUGGAGUAUUCAGGGAAAUUUAGUGAAAGAACUUUUGCCAUUUUCAAAAUAUUCUUCAGUUCCUCUGACAACACUGUGUACAGACAUCUCCACUAAAAUGCUUUUGGCAGGCAGUAAGGAGGGACAUAUUAUGCGCUGGAGCAUUGCUUCAUUCUUAGAAGAUCCACAAAAUAGUAAAAAUCAAAUAAAGGAGGAGCUCUGCUGGAAGGCACACUCUACUGAAGUAGUUGACUUAUUUCAUGAAGAGGAGAAAAAUGUGGUAGUGACAGCAUCUAUCGAUGGUUCAGUCAGGCUCUGGCAUGCCAUGAACGGAUACUAUCUUGGUUACUUCGGACAACCCAGGAAGUUUGAAUUAUCAGAUAUCAGUCGGAUGAUUUUGCCUUGUGAUGUUAAUAACCUUCCUACUAUAAUUAAAGAGGAAAGCAAGCACAUGGAAAAGAAGAAGAAGUUUGAAUAUCCUCUCAUGCUGGACAGGGACAAGUGGAAGGCGCUGACCAGAUCACCUUCAGUUUUAAAAAAGACUAAACAUGUGGACAUAAUUCAGGACUUGAAGUUUUUCAAAGCUCUGGCUUCUCCAAAGAUCCACAGACAACCUUUGGAAAGUUUUGAGUCUGGAAACAGAGAGGCUGGUGCAGUGUUUGGGUCUCUUCCUAUAUAUGAG